CCACAACCUCACGACGUCCGCCAUCUCACCCUUCGAGUUCUUGCGCCCCAUUUACUGCCACUUCCCACCAAGAUUUCGCUUCGGCCACUGCCAUACGGUCCGCUGAACCGUGCAGGCUCCUGUGGACAACGCGACCCUCUCCGGCCCCAUUCAGGCGAAAGAGCGACAGCUUGGCCUCCCAUAGAUAGAAGAGGGGGACGCUUUCAGAAUGUCAGGGCCCCCUCAAGGGCCCGGCGGGCCUGGGAGGAGUAUGAGUGUAGGAAAUGGCCCUCCCAGUGCAGGGCUGCCACCGCAACAUGGAAUGCCGCCUCAGCAGAAUCAAGGACCUCCUUCAGCAGGCCCGCAGUCAGGGCCGCAGUCGCAACAGAAUCUCAAUCAAAUUGUCCUCGAAUACCUCAGCAAAAAGGGCUAUGUUCGUACAGAGGCUAUGCUCCGCAAGGAGUCCGAGCAGCCGCAGAGCGUAAACGGAACUUCGAUUGUCUCGCAGACCAACGAAGCCGCAGGCCCAAAAUUCACCAGGGCUAUUGAAUUGCUUCGCAAAUACACAGAGGACAGCCUCGAGCUCUACCGUCCGGAGCUCCGCAAGCUACUCUGGCCUGUCUUCGUCUACUCAUUCCUAGACCUUGUUCGCGAGUACUUCACCAGAGAUGCUGAGCAGUUCUUCGCUACCUACAAAUCCCACUUUGAGCGCGAACACGAAGAAGAUAUCAAGUUCCUUGGUAAAGUCUCGCUUCCAGCACAUCUUCAAGACAGCCGUGUGGCUAAAAUGUACUUGGAGAACAAGUACCGAGUCACGCUUACCGCUACACCCUUCUACAACUUCGUCCAAUUCCUUGAAUCGAAGAUGUGGGAGGGUGGCCAGGUCAUCAUCGACAUGAUGAGAGAUCACAUCAACAUUGUCACCGUAGAUCGGACGGCAAGUGCCGAGAGGAGCAUCGCUGCCAUUCUCGCACGCGGAAGCGGCGAUGAUGACCUUCCUGCCGAAGAUGAAGGCAUCCCCGGACACAACCCUGGACACCCGCAAACACACCGUCACGAUCUAGAGGCCGAUGCUUCUCGGAUCAAGCUGACCCUCGGUCCCUAUCCACAGGACCAGGACUUACAGGACGACGUGCGUGCUGCUCUGUUAGAUGAGGAUGCCAAGAAUCCGCCAAGACCAGGGCAAACUUCCUUGUUGGACGAAUAUGAGCAGCGCAUCAAGCGAGAACCUACUGACGACGUUCCUUCUCGCGAUACAGUGCCGCUUCCGCCAUCGCUUGCACGAGACGUCGCUAUGGAAGUGCAGAAGGUCGUCGAGCACCGCGAUCGAUACAAGAUUAGUGGUAGGACAGGUGGCGUUGGCCCCACGGUCAGCGUGACCAUGUAUACUUUUCACAAUACACACGAUAGUAUAAAUUGCAUCGACUUCUCAGGUGACAACAAACUGGUUGCUGCUGGUAUGGCCGAGUCAUAUAUCCGAGUUUGGUCUCUUGAUGGGUCACCUCUGACCUCGGAUGUCGCCGACGGCACCGGUAAUCCGCCGCAGCCUUCCUCAUCUCGCCGUCUUGUCGGUCACGCUGGUCCUGUCUACGCUGUCGCGUUCUCGCCUGCCACCGAGAAUCCUGAUCCUAGCGGUCCUUCCACCUCUGCACAAUAUCUUCUCUCAUGCUCCGGCGACAACACAGUUCGCCUGUGGUCAUUGGAGAUGUGGACGUGUCUCGUCGCCUACCGCGGUCAUGACAACCCAGUCUGGGAUUUGCAGUGGGGACCGCAUGGUCAUUACUUCUUGACUGGUUCUAACGACCGCACCGCUCGUCUCUGGUCGACCGAUCAUAUCGAACCUUUGAGGAUCUAUGUCGGCCAUGACAAUGAUGUUGAUUGCGUUGCCUUCCACCCCAACAACUUGUACGUCUUUACAGGUUCUUGCGACAGGACUGUUCGCAUGUGGCACAUUAGCGGUGGUAACUGCUUGCGGCUUUUCACUGGUCAUACCGGAAAUGUCACGGCAAUUGCCUGCUCACCCGAUGGAAAGACUCUCGCUACCGCAGAUGAUGCGGGUUCAAUCAUCCUCUGGACUUUAGAGACUGGUCGACGGAAGAAGCGCAUGCGAGGCCAUGGCAAAGGCGGUAUCUGGUCUCUAUCCUGGAGCGUCGAGUCCACCGUCCUUGUCUCUGCUGGCGCUGACAAAACCGUCCGCGUAUGGGAUGUUCUCCAAGAGACUAACGAGUCUACCAACAAGACCUCAGCAGACGGCAGCGCAUCAAACAAGGCCGACGGGGCACUCGUAAAGAGUGCGGGGGGCGGAAGCGCACCAGGUGGGAAGAAAGGACAGAAGGAAGCAGGAGUGUCGGCGGAUCAGAUUUCUGCGUUUCCAACGAAGGAUAGUCCGGUAUACAAGGUGCAGUUUACCAGGAUGAAUUUGGUACUUGCGGGUGGGGCGUACUUGCCACCGCCGAAGGUUUGAGAAGGUUGGUAAUGACCAGGUUGAUGAAUUGCAUAGCGGCGUUGAAUGGAAAUGAUUAUUUGAAAAAAAUAAUGGGAUGGGAAUUGGAGCUUUUCGUAAUGUCUUCGGGAGACGGAUUCGUUCGAUACCAUACCAUGUCAUGGGUUCACAUCUUUCCCAGGUAGCCUCCUACAUAAAUAUCUCUCUA